CGGAGUUUCUGUCCGAGGUGCUGAAAAUCCUGCUGCUCCGGAGACGCGUCACGUGACUGCGCUCUCCUCCCCUCCGCGAGAGCAGGACGCGGUGCGCGCCCGCGCGUAGGCUGUGCACGGGGACACCUCGGUCCUCAUCAUGACCGAUCCGGGCUCAGGAGGACGGAGGCUUUUCUAAGACGGCGUCGGUGGCAGCUGUGCUCGCAGCGGGGAAUCGCUGCAGUUGAAUGCGUAACUUUGCGUGCAUUCCUUGCCUCCUUCCCUCCUCCCCCUCCUCCUCCUCCUCCUCCUCUUCCUCCUUCUUCUUUUUAUUUCUUUCGCCGUUGCAGGCAUCAGUGUGGCAACUGUGGAUGAUGGGCACGCGGGAGUGGGCUGCUGCCCACCAAGUCUGACCGGUUUUUUUUCGGAAGUGCUGAGUAAGAAGAAGAAGAACAUGUAAGACUCCGCAGAUCCUCUCGGAUCCACGGAGCGAAAUGCAGAAAGGGAUGCGACUCAAUGACGGCCACAUCACCUAUCUCGCUCUUUUGGCGAAGAAGGACGGCACGAGGCGAGGUUGCCUGAGUAAGAAAAGCUCGGACAACACAAAAUGGCAUUCCAAGUGGUUCGCUUUGUUGCAGAACAUGCUGUUUUAUUUCGAGAACGACUCCAGCUCUCGCUCCUCCGGACUGUACCUGUUGGAGGGAUGCGUUUGCGACAGGGCGCCGUCCCCGAAACCAUCCCUCUCAGCGAAGAAAUUAGUCUAUUCCCAGUACUACUUUACCGUCACGUUCAAUCAUGACAACCAGAAGGCUUUGGAGCUGCGCACGGAGGACGUCAAGGACUCUGAUGAGUGGGUGGCCGCAAUCACACAGGCCAGUUACAGGAACCUGGCUACUGAGCAUGAGACCCUCAUGCAGAAGUAUCUCCAUCUACUCCAAAUAGUGGAGACGGAGAAAAUGGUUGCCAAGCAACUUCGACAACAGAUAGAGGAUGGGGAAAUCGAGGUAGAGCGGCUAAAAUCAGAGAUUUCUGGACUGCUGAAAGACAAUGAAAAAAUCCAGUCAAAUCCUGAGGUGCCUCCCAGUGAAGAUGACACGGAGAUCAAGAAGAUCAAAAAGGUCCAGAGUUUCCUGCGUGGUUGGAUUUGUCGCAGAAAAUGGAAAACCAUCAUACAGGACUACAUCCGUUCGCCUCACGCGGAAAGCAUGAGGAAGAGGAACCAGGUGGUGUUUAGCAUGCUGGAGGCCGAGGCCGAAUACGUCCAGCAGCUCCACAUCCUGGUCAACAACUUCCUGCGGCCGCUGCGCAUGGCCGCCAGCUCCAAGAAACCGCCAAUCACCCACGAUGACGUCAGCAGCAUCUUCCUCAACAGUGAGACCAUCAUGUUCCUCCAUCAGAUCUUCUACCAGGGCCUGAAGGCACGGAUAGCCAGCUGGCCAACACUGGUGCUGGCGGACCUCUUUGACAUCUUGCUUCCCAUGCUCAACAUCUACCAGGAGUUUGUGAGGAACCAUCAGUACAGCCUGCAGAUCCUAGCUCACUGCAAACAGAACCGAGACUUUGACAAGCUCCUGAAGCAGUACGAGGCCAAGCCCGACUGUGAGGAGAGGACACUGGAGACCUUCCUCACUUACCCCAUGUUUCAGAUCCCUCGUUACAUCCUGACUCUGCACGAGCUGCUGGCUCACACGCCCCAUGAGCACGUAGAGAGAACCAGCUUGGACUACGCCAAGUCAAAGCUGGAGGAACUUUCCAGAAUCAUGCAUGAUGAGGUGAGCGAGACGGAGAACAUCAGGAAGAACUUGGCUAUUGAGCGGAUGAUUGUGGAGGGUUGUGAAGUGCUGCUGGACACCAGUCAGACAUUUGUCAGACAAGGUUCGCUGAUCCAGGUGCCGAUGAGCGAGAAAGGGAAGAUCACCAGAGGCCGACUGGGCUCUCUGUCUCUGAAGAAAGAAGGGGAGCGACAGUGUUUCCUCUUCUCCAAACAUCUCAUCAUCUGUACUCGCGGCUCCGGAGGAAAACUACACAUCACUAAGAAUGGAGUGGUGUCUCUCAUAGACUGCACACUGAUGGAGGAGCCGGAGGGGACAGAUGACGAGUCCAGAGUGGAGCGCAGUGGCCAGGACGUAGAGCACCUCGACUUCAAAGUGAUGGUGGAGCCCAAAGACGUCCAGCCGUACACCAUCAUCCUGGUGGCUUCGUCCCGACAAGAGAAAGCAGCGUGGACGAGCGACAUCAGCCAGUGCAUCGACAACAUUCGCUGCAAUGGUCUGAUGAUGAACGCUUUUGAGGAAAACAGUAAAGUGACUGUGCCACAGAUGAUUAAGUCGGACACCAGCUUGUACUGUGAUGACGUCGACAUCCGCUUCAGCAAGAUGAUGAACUCUUGCAAGGUGCUGCAGAUCCGCUACGCCAGCGUGGAGCGCCUGUUGGAGCGGCUGACCGACUUGCGCUUCCUCUCCAUCGACUUCCUGAACACUUUCCUCCACUCCUACCGCGUGUUCACCAGCGCUGACGUGGUGCUGGACAAGCUCAUCACCAUCUACAAGAAGCCCAUCAGCGCCAUCCCUGCACGUUCUUUGGAGCUUUUCUUCGCCAGCAGCCAGAACAACAAACUCCUCUACGGCGAGCCACCCACGUCGCCACGCGUCAGCCGCAAAUUCUCCUCCCCUCCUCCGCUCUCCAUCACCAAGUCGUCCUCGCCCAACCGCCGUCGCAAGCUUUCGCUCAACAUCCCCAUCAUCACAGGGGGCAAAGCCCUGGACCUGGCUGCACUCAGCUGUUCUCCCAAUGGCUACACAAGCGUGCACUCCACCAUAUCGCCCUUCAGUAAGACCACCCUCGACAUCAACAAGCUCUAUGUGGCCGGCAACGUGGCCGGCAAAAUCCCCGAUGAGGGAGAGACCAAAGCCGAAGGCAAGGCGGAGGAGUCUGUCCCUAACAAGCAAGAAGCAUCUGUGAGAGAAGAAUGUGAUCAGGAGCCGAGACAGAGUGAGGAAGCCGAAGCAGAAAUGUCUCCUCCCAAAUCACCAUCAACGCCCAAGAACGUCAAGUCGAAAAACUCUGAAUUUUCCCUGUUUUCUUUCAACGUUGGCAUGGUGGUGUCAUCUUGCCGUGAGCUGGACAGUAACCGCAGUGCCCUUUCCGCUGCAUCGGCCUUUGCCAUUGCCACCGCCGGUGCCAACGAAGGCACACCAACCAAGGAGAAGUACCGCCGCAUGUCGCUCGCCAGCGCAGGUUUUCCAACCGACCAGAGGAAUGGGGACAAAGAGUUUGUUAUCAGAAGAGCUGCCACGAACAGAGUCCUGAAUGUUCUGCGUCACUGGGUCUCCAAACACUCGCAGGACUUUGAGCUCAACACCGAGAUGAAGAUGCGGGUAAUCGGCUUCCUGGAGGAGGUGAUGCAUGACCCGGAGCUCCUGACACAGGAAAGAAAGGCAGCUGCUAACAUCAUCAGGACUCUCACUCAGGAGGACCCUGGAGACAACCAGGUCACACUGGAGGAGAUCAUACAGAUGGCCUCGGAGGACUGUAAGACUGAGCCGUUUGAGAGCCAUUCUGCCCUGGAGAUAGCUGAGCAACUCACCCUGCUGGACCACCUGGUCUUCAAGGUCAUCCCAUACGAGGAGUUCUUUGGUCAAGGAUGGAUGAAGAACGACAAGAACGAGAGAACUCCCUACAUUAUGAAGACAACCAAGCAUUUCAACGAUGUCAGCAACAAGAUCGCCACAGAGAUCCUUCAGUGGGACGACGUCAACCUGCGAGUGGGCGUUAUUGAGAAGUGGGUGGCGGUGGCCGACAUCUGUCGCUGCCUCCACAACUACAACGCCAUGCUGGAGAUCACAUCCUCUCUCAAUCGCAGCUCCAUCUUCCGCCUCAAGAAGACCUGGCUCAAGGUCUCCAAGCAGACAAAGACCGUUAUCGACAAGUUACAGAAGCUGGUGUCGUCAGAGGGGCGAUUCAAAAACCUGAGAGAAGCUUUGAAGAACUGCGACCCUCCCUGUGUUCCCUACCUUGGAAUGUACCUGACGGACCUGGCCUUCAUCGAGGAAGGAACCCCCAAUUACACUGAGGACAAUCUGGUUAACUUUUCCAAGAUGAGGAUGAUAUCUCACAUUAUCAGAGAAAUACGGCAAUUUCAGCAGACGGCUUACAAGAUUGAUUAUCAACCAAAGGUUGCAAAGUACUUGCUGGACAGCAGUACAGCCCUGGAUGAGGAGAGCUUGUAUGACGCUUCUCUGAGAAUUGAGCCCAAAACUUCAUCAUGAAGAGGAACUCUCUCUCAGUCUCUCAACCCUAUAGAUGAACUGACCGUUUAUUUAUGUGCACAACAGUUAUAGAGAAGCAAACUCAAUCAAACUCCUAGAUCUCACUCCAACAGUGAUCAUGAAAGUCAAUAUUUGAAUCCUAAACAUGAAAUAGUUUGUAAAAUUCAAAAUCUAGAGAGAAAAUGUAACAUAUAUAAAAUUAAAAAUGAAAUAUGGGCAGACAUCAAUUUCAAUUGCAAAAUAUAUAUAUAUGUUGUGUAUAUUCAGUUCACAGUUUAUUUAUUUAUAUAUCUAUAUAUACAUAUAAAUAAACUGUGAACAGGUUAAAGUCUUUAAAGUAAAGUCAUCCCUGAUGAUCCUGAUGGCCUUCCUCCUGCACUGGGGGGGCUGGACUGGUCCUCCGUGGACGGCAUCUCCGUCCUGAUGAUGCGCAGAGCAGUUUUCUCGUCAGUGUUUGCUUUAUCGUAUUGGGUGGUGGAACUUUCAUACCAGGUGACGAUGAAGCCGGUCAGCCAGUGUAGAGGAAUCUACAAAAACAGUAUAAUAUAAUGUACAUAAACUAUUAUUUGUAUUAGACACAGUAGGCAUUGCCCUUCUAGUAUGUGCUCCUCAAUGGACUCGUUAGUGUAUAAUCGUUAUUAGAGACUAAGUAGAAGCCCAGAGAGGUUUCAUUUAUAUAGUUACACAGAGUAUUUAUAUGUUAUUUCUCGUCUUAAAUGCCAAUCUUUGAUGCGUUUAUUUUCCACCACAGAGAAAACAGACGAGAGUAUAUAAAUAAGAUAAUUAGUUAUAUUCUAUUGGGAAUGUGCAGCAUGGUAUAAGACGCUCAUUCAUGAUACAUGUUGGUCACAUUUGACACACGUUGGUCAACUCCCACUUUUUUGCUUUGAUGUAAAAGUCAUAAAAGAACGGCACGGAAGUGCAACUGUCUCGAUGCCGACCAGCUAUCAAAAAUUUGAUUUGACUAAAAAAAAGAAAACAGUUUGACACUUUUGAAAACUUCUCAGCCACAUGAAGGGAGUUAAAAGUGGGAGUACUGAGUUGGCUAAAGUUGCCUCAUGUGCUGUGAUGUUUUAUGCAGCUGCUGAAUGACAGCGGUUGGAGACUCGGAAGUGUUGGACACGUGUUUUCGGUUUGGAGAGAUGGGUUUUUAAUGCUUUGCAUAUAAUCACCGUAUUCCCCUGGUGGGCAACAUGAUGUAUAUACAGUAUAAGCACCGGGCAGAGUAUGUAGCAGACGUAACCAAUAUUGAGCCACUUCAGGAAGUUAAAUUUCCAGCUUCACUCAGAAAGAAAGAGCGUCGUUUUUAUGGUUAAUCCUCUUUGGCCAGUGCAUUAUGGUUUUGCCUUAAUCAUGAAAUAGCCUAUAUACAAAAGUAUGUAAACUAUUUUGUUCUACAAUUUGCCAAUGAAGCAAGAAAUAUUUGCUGUGUACGAUAUUGUGUACAGGCAGUCUGAUGCAUUUCCUAAUGUGCAAUGUGUUAAAAACAUAUCCCUUGAAAUGUGUUAUCCUUAUGAUCGUUCAACUCUGUAAUAACUUUUCUGUGUAUGAUACCUUAGAGCAAAUGUUGAAAGAAACUUAUAAGUGUAACACAUUCUGUAUCCUGUCUUUUCCAAUGUGUUAGCAGGAACUAUACAGUAGUAAUAUUGUGCUUAUUCUUGGAAUAUUUAUAGGUAUUUUUUACAGGCUUUGUAUAGAAAAACACCUAAAGCUUAAGUGGCAGGCAUGCACCACUUUCACGUGUUCAAAUCAAAUCUAUAUCUAGAACAGUAUGUGUACUGUAUUUAUAUCCCUCCCUUGCACAUGAAUCUUUACCCUCUAACAGGCACAUCAAAUGUUUGCAGUGAGCAAUACCCAGUGGUAUGAGAAUUAUCUUUCAGUCUGAUUCAACAUCUUGAGUAGUAUUUCCAGUUUUGUAUAAAAGUGUAUUCUUUCCUGAUUACCUCUUGUUAAUAAAUAUAUUCUUUCUCAGGGGGA